UCGAUAUAAACAACAUUCUUAAUAAAAAUAUACAGUUUAAUGUGAUAACACGUAGUUAUUAUCAUACUAUGCUGUAGUUUUGUUUUUUUAAUUUUUUCUGUAAAAUGGAAGAAAGUUCAAAAUCACCAGUUUAUUUUAUUUCUCAUGGUGGUCCAGACUUUAUGUACAUGAAAGAGUUUGGUGGAUAUGAAGCAGUUCAAAAAAUUGGAAAAGAAAUCAAAAACUUACCUUAUUUAAAAGGAAUUAUUAUAGUGUCAGCUCAUUGGGAAAGUACUCCUGAUGAAAUUUACGUAAACACUGCAGAACAUACCGAAUUGAUUCAUGAUUUUGAUCGUGAUCGUUGGCCAUCUUAUAUGUUUGAAGAACAAUAUGCGAAUGUUGGAUCCAAAGAAAUAUCAUCAAAAAUUUUGCAACUAUUAAAAGAUGCAAAUAUAAAAGCUGUAUCGAAAUCACGUGGUUUAGAUCAUGGCGCUUGGGUGCCAUUUAAAAUUGCAUUUCCGUCCGAUAAAAUUCCAUUGAGUGUACCAAUUGUGCAAAUAUCAUUAUACACAAACGAAGAUCCAAACUUACAUUUUAAUGUAGGACGAGCUUUAUCGCCAUUGCGUAAUGAAGGGAUUGUAAUAAUUGGUUCAGGAAUGUCUGUCCAUAAUUUAAACGAACGUGAUUUGUACGCUGAUAAUGAAGUUGCAAAAUACGUGGUACCUUUCGAUAAUGCGGUUGUGGAUGCUAUGACAAAAAACAAGGGAGAAGCAAGGCGGAUUGCUUUAAAUGAAUUAUUGAAACGUUCUGAUAUUCGCAAUGCUCAUCCAACGUUUGAACACUUUUUCCCGCUAUUCGUUGUUAGUGGAGCUGCUUACGAAGAUACAGGUGAUUUGCUAUUUACAAGCUAUGAAGGCAGUUUUGCAUGGGGUCAAUAUCGACUAGGUUCAAUUGGAUAAAAAAAUAAGUAAUAGUUAGUUCUCAGUUACACAGUGGGGAAAAAUUAAUAGAAGGUGAUUAAUUAUAUCUCCUCGCAUAUAAAUCUACUCAAGUCUUUGUGACUUCAGAACUCAAACGUGGUACCAUCGUCCAGGAACUUUACUCGCAAAUUUUUAACGCCUCAAGUAUUCAUAUUUUUGAGCUGCUGAAAAUCGGUGAAUUGAGUGACUUUGUAUGUGAAGAUUUCUAGUGUUUUACUAAAUUUGUUUCCGAACUAUAUUUAUUUGUAAAUAAUUAUGUUGUACAUCAAAACGUAUUAA